GUGCAAAACCCUUAGUAUGACGGACAAAAACUGGAAUAUAUCGCUUGUAAGAUUAUUUGUGAACAGUAGUGUGCUGACAGUUGAGAUUUCUUCUGCUUUUUCAAUUCAAAUCAGAUGCUAUUUACAACUGGAAGUAUCGAAAAAGAGCGGAGUCGGGUUUUAAACGCAAUGAAUGGAAGCAAUUAUUACAAAGAUGGAAAAAGUGUUUUGGAACAACUCUUUUGGCGCACACAGUAUUCUGAAUUUUGCAUCAAAACCGAUCCGCUAAUGUCAAACAAAACUUAUUCGAAACUAAUCAAGCAUCAAAAUGCUGUCAAUACUGAUAGCUUAUAUCUCGAAAACGAAGUAAAAAUUGAAAAAUACUGGGUUAAUUACGCUCUUAAAACCCUUCACAAACCAAAAACGAGCCCAAUUUUAGCAAAAAUUAGAGGUAAGAGCUGCAUUGUUGUGGGUGCAGGAUCUUGCUUACGAAAUAAAAAAUUGGGCAAAAAAAUAGAUUCGUUUGAAGUGGUAAUACGGUUAAACGAAGCCCCGCUCAAGGGGUAUGAAAAAUUAGUCGGCUCCCGAACCGAUGUCCGGAUAUUGUACCCAGAGUCAGCUCCUACAGAACGCGAGUUCUACCUCGGUUUCGGUGUGGUCGUAGUCGUACCUUUCAAAACCGAUGACUUUAUUUGGACGGCCAAACAAAUAAACCGAAAGCUCAACGAAAGCUUGAAAUUCUGGCGGAAAAGUGCGGAUAAAAUCAAAGUUCGGCCCGACAAAAUUUUUAUAAUGAAUCCAGAAAUUUCGGAAUUUGUGUUCAAAAAAGCAGCAAAACCUACGUGGCAGUCACGUGGAACAACUGGCUUCUUCGCAAUUCAACUGGCUUUAAAUUUAUGUGGAAAAGUGACAAUAGCUGGAUUCUGUUAUCAGACUGAUUUAACACCCUCUCAACAAAAGAAGAAAAAAUUUGCAUCCAGUCUGAAGUACUUGUAUUAUUAUGGAAGAGAUAAAACUGAUAAUGUGCAAGAAAAAUCUCACACUCACACACACUCGGCUGAACCUAAAAUGCGACAAAAAUUAUUCAAAUCUGGCCUUGUUGAUAUUUUAGAGUGA